AUGGACACCAUAUGCGAAGCAUGCCGCGCAAUUGACUUUGAAAAAGCCCUGCAAAUUUCAGCAGAACAACUCAGGUCGAUUCGUGACCCCUUCAACAAGCUGACUUUCACUGAGCCAUGGAUACUUCUGGAGGAGAACACAACCCGAUUCGAGAACGCAGAAACUGCCAGCUGCCCGCUGUGUUAUUCGUUGUAUCUUUCACUGUGUCCUUGCGAGGAUGAAUGGUCUGAACCCGAAACCCGCGAUGCAGCCGCAUUAUCGCCCUUUGACUUGCAAGCCUUGUCCUUUAAUGAAAACUGCCUCUGGGCGCAGGGAGACGUGGACCCCGCAAACGAUUGCCAGAUUUUGCUGGCAACGCGUGGUAUGACGAGCUCAAAUGGAAAUUACGCCUACCACGUAAAGCGGGAGUCUGGCUAUGUCGUAUGUCUACCAAAGGAACGGCGAGAGCGACCUUUUAUUCCUCGGGAAAUUCCAGACCAUUUCGAUGUGCGUAAGGCCAGAUCGUGGCUGCGCAGUUGCAAAAAGGAUCAUGGACCGCUGUGCAAUCAAGACGUGGGGAUGAUUCCUGGAAUGAAAGUCAUCGACUGUGAUACUUUGACGGUUGUGGAAGCAGAACCGGAAAUGAUUUGGGUGGCAUUGAGUUACGUCUGGGGUAGACCGGUCUGGGGUCAUCCAAAACCGGACCGACACUCUGCAGACCCCGAGUCGAUUCCACUUGCACAGCGAAUGUCAAAAACGGUCAAGGAUGCCGUCAAAGUCACCAAGAGCUUGGGUUACAAGUAUCUCUGGGUUGACCGAUUUUGCAUCGACCAAGGAAACUGGCGCCAUAAACAAAGCCAAAUUGGACAGAUGGAUGCAAUUUACCGUGGUGCCGAUCUGACCAUCAUUGCCGCAGCCGGCGAAGAUGAAAAUCACGGACUCCCUGGAGUUGGUGAUACAGGACGUAAGAAACAGCAUAUCGUCGAGUUGGACUCCUGUACAAUCUUGAGCACGGGACCUGACCCGGCCGUGGAGGCCCAACAGUCCUGUUGGUCAAGCAGAGGCUGGACUUUUCAGGAGGAUCUUCUAUCCCGUCGGCGACUUUUCUUCACUGAUCAUCAAUCUUGGUUCGAAUGCGGAAAUGCAUGCUGGAUGGAAGGACUGGGUGGUCCGGAACUUUGCGACUCUUUGGAUGAAAUACAUGCAACCGCCGGGGCCAAGGUACUUGUGCGCAGCCGACUAUCGUCAUACCAUGACAUUCACAUUGACCACGUGGAAGGCCGCGAUUCUGCGGACGCUCAAACAUUGGGCCUAUUUUUCCAGUUGGCACACCAAUACUCCCAAAGAAAGUUGACAUUUCACAGCGACAUCCUAAAUGCCUUUGAGGGAGUCUCCCGUUAUCUCCGAAAUAACGGACCGCAGCUAUCUCACUUCCUGGGAAUACCAUAUAUCCCAUCUCUUUUGGGUCUUGAAGCUGCCGAGAAGUAUUGGGUUUUCUCCCUAUGUUGGUUCCACAGCUCCGAGGUGACACUGCGAAUGAACCCAUCUCUGUCUUGGUCUUGGUCGGGUUGGACUGGCGAGGUGCAAUGGAUGACCAAUCGCCCAGAGGGAUCUUUGCAGAUAAUCCCAAAGAUCAGAAAUAUUCAGACCAAGAAUAACGGAGAAACGGUGCCAUGGGAUGCCUUUCUUCGUUCUUGGAGCCCAAAUAAGUCUAAAGUAAAUGACCCGGCUCUUUACUUUGAAGCUCGAGUGGUACCGUCAUACAUGUUCAUACAAUACUCCCCAGAAUUACACGGUGGAGGGGCUUGGGAAAGUGGUGCGUACAAUGCUGAUGAUGGUCAAAGUGAUCAACCUGCUGAUAUGGUUGAUGGGCAAGAUGAUGGGAAUACCACCGCCCAUUCAGUGGAUCUGAGCGAACAUGGAGAAGAAGGCCUGGGAAAGCCUGAAGUUGACGACGUUGACGAUCUGUUUGAUAAUACUGCUUUCACCCCCCACCUGAGUGAUGGACGUGACUCGGACUCGGUGACGAGUGAACUUGAUCCUCAAGACUGGAAAAACUGGCGGGUGGGCAAACAUCAAUUAUUGGAGCACAGCCAACCACCGUGCACCCCGCUGGAGUUUAUCAAAAAUCUUGAUGAUAAUGGAUGGACUUGUCUACUCCUUGCAGACUAUGACGGCAAUGCCGGUUACACUCACCGACGCUUUCUCUUGGUUGUUCGAUGGAGGGACGAUGGCACAGCAUACCGAGUUGGCGCAUUGGUUUUGAACCAACAUUACUACGUUGAUGAAGAUGCAAAGGACUUUUUCGAUGAAAGUGAUCUCAGCUGGAGGUCGGUAUGCCUGGUAUAG